AUGGCAGUGGAGUCCCCUGCUCUGCUGUCGGCGCUCAUCGCUUGGACGUCGGCGCAUCUGUCCUGCUUUGAAAAAUCCCACCGGCUCUCAGCGCUCCAAUAUCAGUCCUCCGCCAUCAUUUCACUGGCCUCGUCCCUCAAGUCGUCUCCUCCAACAAGUCUGGACACGACCCUUGCGGCUUGCUUGGUCCUGUGUGCCACUGAGGCUCUCGCUGGGGACACCCAGCGAUGGUACGAUCACCUCAAGGGAGCUCGAGACAUCAUUCUUUCCGCUCGCCUCCCCGGGCCCAAUGGAACGACGCUUGCUGGCCCUGAAUGCUUCAUGCGAUCGACGGACGGUGAGUGGCUCUUGCGCAAUUUCGCAUAUCACGACGUCUUGGCGAGCGUCACUCUCAACCAACCUCCCCUGAUCAGAGGGGCCUACUGGCUCCGAGAUUCCGGCCCCGUGUUCGACUCCUACAUGGGGGUUGGCGAGGGUCUUCUCGCCCUCCUGUCUCGCAUCAGCUGCUUACAAGGAGAGGAUCGGGUGGUCUCGGAUCUCGAAUUCUACAGUCAGGCUGCUUCCCUCGAGUUCGAGCUUGACCAUUGGACGUCCCCGCUGUGCUCGACCGAGGCCGUCAUUGCUUUGGCCGAAGCCUACCGCGGCGCCGCCCUCCUCCACCUGCAUCGCCAGUGCAGGGACCGGUUUCCGGCCGACGCAGGCGCCGUGGAGGCGAAGAUCCAGACCCAGGUCCACAAUAUCCUCAGCCAUCUCGAUCGCAUCCCGCUGGAGUCCCUGCCCGAGUGUGGCAUAUUGUUGCCCUUAUUCAUGGCUGGCGGGGAAGCCCUCGAGGAAGCCCACAGGCACAAAAUCUCCUCCCGACUCCGAUAUCUGGCCGAACAUCGUGGAUUUCAAAACAUCGAGCAUUCCAUUGAUAUUCUCGAAGAGCUCUGGCGGAUGCGACUCCUCGGCCAAAGUGGCCGUGAUGGGCAGAGCAUCGAUUGGCGCGAUGUCCUCCUGAUCAAGAAUUGGAAGGUCAUGCUGACCUGA